AUGGAGACCACUCAGCAGAUUUUUGGGGUCCAGGAAUUGUACCGCCCCGCUGAUGGGAACGCAGAGGUAGACAUUGUUGCCGUUCAUGGGCUCAACGGCAAUGCUAUGAUGACAUGGACAGCACGCGCAGAGAAUAUUUGCUGGUUAAAUCAUCCAGAAUUCUUGCCAAAAUAUAUUCGAAAUGCCCGCGUUCUCGUUUGGGGAUAUAAUGCGAACGUGUCGUCCAUCACGGGAGCAACUAGCUCGAACCGGAUUCUCCAACAUGCUCAAACCCUUGUGCAUCAACUUGAAGCAGAUAGAGAUCUAGAAAAUGCGAGUACAAGACCUAUAAUCUUCUUAUGUCACUCACUAGGAGGCAUCAUAGUUAAGAGGGCCAUAGCUUAUUCUGCUAGCCGGAAAGCCCCGAAGUUAGCACAUAUCCAAUCUAUCUAUACAAGUACCUCUGCAAUCCUCUUUUUCGGCACGCCACACCACGGGUCCAGCAAAGCUCGGCUCCUGGGAAACCUACAAAAGUUCGUCCGCCUCGCUAUGCCAAGCAAUGUCGCCAAUUUUGAGAACAGCCUUGUAGAUGCGCUCAAAGAACAGUCCGAAAUCCUUCAGAAUAUUAACGACCAGUUUGUCCCCCUUAUGGCUGAGUUUCGUAUCUACUUCUUCUGGGAGCAGGAGAAAACGGAUCUAAAGUACGCCAAGGAAUAUGUCGUUGAGGAAUUCAGCGCCGCACCGAUCCUAGACAAUACGGAGAGAUGUGGGAUUGCUGCAGAUCACAGGGGGAUGUGCAAAUUUAACAACAAUUGCUCACAAGGCUUCCGAACCGCAAUAUCUGCGCUUCGAAGGUACGCUCGAGAGGCUCCCGAGGUGGUCCGCGUAAGACACAAGAGGGCAAUGAAAGCGUUACAAGAAAACCAGAUGUAUCAAGCUGCUGAUGUUUUGAGAGGCAUUGAGCUUGAACGUCCCAGUCCGUGGUUCGUUGCCUUGGAUAGAACCGACACACCCCAUCUACGACCGGGGUCUCAUGUUUUAGAGGGACAAUGA